AUGCUUGUGCUCACUCCUCUUAUCGUGGCACUUUUGCCCCUCGCUGUUGCGAGGUCGAUUCCUGCCAACCCUGCUCCUCGCCAAGCCCUGGCUGAUGUCGAGACAAAUGGCCAGCGUCUCGCUAGGGGCCUAGCCCCCCUCAAGCCGAAGCGCAACUUCGACAACGAUGCGCAGAAGCGUGCAACGACGUCCAGCACGCCGACUACCACCACCAAAGGCUACCUCUACGCUGUCCAGGGCGCUUCUUCGCGCAAGCGUGCCACCACCGUGGGAUGUGUCAUUUCGGAUGGCACCUGGUACGUCGGUGGUACCUGUGCGACGUACACCGCGGCGGUGACGGGCGAGCAGGCGACUCUUUCCACUAGCAAGGGUCCGUGCACUAUCACCUCCGCCGGUGUUCUGAGCUGUGCGUCGGGCAACACCGCUUCCACCUUUACCCUUGGUUCCGAUGGUACCCUGACUUACUCUGGCUCGAGCGUCUUCUCGGCCGACCAGGUGCCGGCCAGCGGCACCCGCCAGACCGUCUACACUGGUGCUAGCCACGCUGUCAGCCUUACGCUCAACUAUGCUGCAGGCACCACUUCGACCACCUCAGCUACCACUACCAGUGCCACUGCCACCAAGACCACCGCUACUGCCUACCCCACUGGCACUGGCCUGACCGUCUGCUCGGCCUCGGACAUCACCUCGUUCCCUCUCUCUUGCUCGAGUGACACUGUCGAGAACACUUGCUGCACAGACUCCCCCGGAGGCCACCUCCUUCAGACUCAGUUCUGGGACACUGGUUCGACUUCGACUGGACCCAACAACUCGUGGACUCUCCACGGUCUUUGGCCCGACAACUGUGAUGGUACCUACCAGCAGUACUGCGACACAGCCCGCGAGUACACCAACAUCACCCAGAUUCUCCAGGCUGCCGGACAGAGUGCCACGCUCGACUACAUGAACACUUACUGGAAGGACUACCAAGGUGACGAUGAGAGCUUCUGGGAGCACGAGUGGGACAAGCACGGAACUUGUAUUUCGUCUCUGGAGCCGACUUGCUUCAACUUCUAUGCCCCCCAGCAAGAGGUUACCGUCUACUUUAACCGUGCGGUGUCGCUUUUCAAGACCCUCCCGUCCUAUGACUGGCUCGCGGCCGACGGCAUCGUGCCGUCCCUCACGGCUACAUACACUCUUGCCCAGAUCCAAGCCACUCUGACCAAGCACCACGGCUACGCCGUCAACGUCAACUGCAACGGCAAGGUCUUUGACGAGAUCUGGUACCACUACCAGUCUCAGGGUGGUAUUGCCUCUGGCAACAUCAUUCCCGCUGCCCCGGUCGGUUCUGCCUCGACUUGCCCUUCGACCGGCAUUCAGUACCUUCCCAAGUAUGUGUCCCUCACCUAA